AUGUCGCACCCACACUCACAUAGCAUAUACUUGUCUGAGUUGCCUGUCAGGAAACCCCAGACCAUGGGUAAUCCUCUUUUGAGGAAGAUUCAAAGAGCUUGCAGAAUGUCAUUAGCUGAACCAGACUUGGCGUUGAAUCUUGAUAUUGCUGAUUACAUUAAUGAAAAACAAGGUGCUGCCCCUCGGGAUGCUGCUAUUGCACUUGCUAAAUUAAUCAAUAACAGAGAAUCGCACGUGGCAAUAUUCGCGCUAUCUCUUUUGGAUGUACUUGUGAAGAAUUGUGGAUAUCCAUUCCACUUGCAAAUUUCUAGAAAAGAAUUUUUGAAUGAAUUGGUCAAGAGGUUUCCAGGUCAUCCACCAUUACGUUAUUCCAAGAUUCAGAGAUUGAUUUUGACGGCUAUUGAAGAAUGGUAUCAAACAAUUUGUAAGCAUUCAAGCUACAAAAAUGACAUGGGUUAUAUUAGAGACAUGCAUCGCUUGCUAAAAUACAAGGGUUAUGCAUUUCCUAAGAUCAGCGAAUCUGAUUUGGCGGUUUUGAAGCCGAGUAAUCGAUUGAAAACCGCCAGUGAAAUUCAAAAGGAACAAGAAAUUGCUCAAGCUGCGAAACUAGAGGAAUUGAUUAGGCGUGGUAAACCUGAAGAUUUGAGAGAAGCUAACAAAUUGAUGAAAAUUAUGGCUGGAUUUAAAGAAGACAAUGCUGUCCAAGCCAAACAAUCUAUUUCCAAUGAAUUGAACAAAUUAAAGCGUAAGGCUGAUCUACUAAAUGAAAUGCUGGAAUCACAUGACUCACAAAAUUGGGACAAUGAAACUUCUCAAGAACUUCACAGUGCAUUAAAAGUAGCCCAACCAAAAUUUCAGAAAAUUAUCGAAGAAGAACAAGAGGACGAUGAAUUAGUGCAAGAUCUAUUAAAGUUUAACGAUACAGUUAAUCAAUUAUUAGAAAAAUUCAGUCUAUUGAAAAACGGUGACUCCAAUGCUGCUUCACAAAUACACCCAAUUCACGUCUCUGCUCCAUUACAGCAGUCUUCCGGUGCUCUGACUAAUGAAAUUAACCUAAUCGAUUUCAAUGAAUUGGACGAAGCGCCUUCUCAGGUUAACGACAUCACUAAUGGUACCAAUACGCCAGCAACAGCAGAAACAUCCGUUAAUGACUUGCUAGGCGAUUUGACCGACUUAUCUAUUUCAAACACUCCAAGUGCUAACCAAACAUCCUUUGGUCUCGGAGGUGAUAUUGUGUUGGGUUCCUCUCAACCUGCACCACCAGUUACUACUACCCAAAAUUCCAAUAAUACUUUGGACAUUUUGGGAUUAUCAAGCCCUCACCCACCAACUAAUAGUCAAGGAUUAAGCAGCAACGGGCUUGACCUUUUGUCAGGAUUUAGCGCAACAGUAAAUACACCUUCCACGUCUGCAAGAUCUUUAGUUAAUCAAUCUUCUAAUUUGAAGAUCGAGUUCGAAAUCUCAAGAGAAGCUAACUCAGUUAUAAGGAUAAAAUCAUUUUUCACAAAUUUGAGCUCGUCACAAAUCUCCGAUCUAGUUUUCUUAUUAGCAGUACCCAAGUCAAUGGCGUUAAAAUUGCAACCACAAUCAGGUAAUUUUUUGGCAGCUAAUGCUAAAGAUGGUGUUACCCAAGAGGGUAUUAUUGAAAAUGUGCCCGCCAAUCCUUCAAAAGCUUUGAAAGUGAAGUGGAAGGUAAACUAUUCUAUCAAUUCCAACCAGGUUGAAGAAACUGCUGUUUUUACAUUACCUAAUGUAUAA